AUGCAUCAAGCCCUCCAUUGCCACCAGGCCUUAAACCGAACACAACAAUUAGACUGGGAUUGUACUCUAAAGAAAGAAAACACCAUCACAGGCGAUAUAGAUUCUGCAGAAACUAAACCCAGCAAGAACGACCCUAAUUCAUCCCGGAGCUUCAAUAAGUCUCUUAAUUUUUCUCGCUUCACGUCUUUCUUUCGCCCCAAUGCCACAUCACCUUUGACGACAACAUCUAAUCAUGAUUAUCAUGAUAUUCAUGAUGAUCAUAAUGAGAUGCUUGCCUUACGUGAGAGGGUUGCUACUGUAGAGAAUCUUGUGGAAAAGCAGCAACUGGAGAUUGAUACUCUACGACGGACCCAGGAUCCGAACCCCGUAGGGUCAUAG